ACAUUAAGAAAACAAAAUGAUUUUUGCUAGUCUAGCUUUUGUCUUGUAAGCGGACGGAGCCCUUUUGCUAUUUUUCUCCACAGGCGACCCCAGUUAAAGCCCUAAUUGCUUUUGAAAAAUCCGGAAUUAGCAGAAUCCACCGCGUCGGAGUUCUGCGGUGGUCACCGUCGACACACAGCGAGUGGGAGAAAGAGAACGAGAGAGAGGCAAAGGAAGAAUAAUGGGUGGAAUUGUCAAGGAGGUGAAGUCGAAGGAGGAGCUUGACAAAAUUAUCGCCGACGGGUCUCCGGCGGUUGUGCACUUCUGGGCCGCGUGGUGUGAGGCUUCCAAGCACAUGGACCAAGUCUUCUCCCACCUCUCCACUGAUAUCCCUCAUACUCACUUCCUCAGGGUUGAAGCUGAAGAACAACCCGAAAUUUCAGAGGCAUAUUCAGUGUCUGCAGUUCCUUAUUUUGUUUUCAUCAAGGAUGGCAAAACCAUAGAUACAUUGGAAGGUGCCAAUCCUUCUGCUUUGGCCAACAAGGUUUCCAAACUUUCUGGGAGAAUAACACCAGGAGAACCUGCUGCCCCUGCUAGCCUGGGAAUGGCUGCCGGGGCAACCAUCAUUGAGACUGUACAAAAUCUUGCCAAGAACAAUACCAGUUAUUCACAUGUUGAAGCCCAACCACCCUCUGCUCUUGGUGAUGAUGGACUAAAAACACGAUUGUCACAGCUAAUUAAUUCCCACCCAGUCAUGCUCUUCAUGAAAGGUAGUCCCGAACAACCUCAAUGUGGCUUUAGCAAGAAAGUUGUUGAGAUUCUGAAGAAAGAGAAGGUUGCUUUUGGAACCUUUGAUAUUCUAACGGACAAGGAAGUUCGAGAGGGGCUGAAGACAUUCUCUGAUUGGCCAACAUUUCCUCAGCUCUAUUACAAGGGUGAGCUUCUUGGUGGGUGUGACAUUGCAACUGCGAUGCAUGAAAGUGGCGAACUGAAGGAUGCGUUUAAGGAUCUUGGAGCUGUUGAAAUCUCCAACUCUCCUAAGGAACAGCCGUCAUCUGGAUCGGGCCUGAGUGCUGCACUAGCAACCCGUCUGCAAAGCCUGAUCAAUUCAGGUCCAGUUAUGCUCUUCAUGAAGGGGAGCCCGAAUGAGCCAAAAUGUGGGUUCAGCCGCAAAGUAGUGGACAUACUUAACCAGGAAAAAGUCGGUUUUAAGAGUUUCGACAUCCUCACCGACGAAGAAGUUCGUCAGGGACUGAAAGUGUACUCCAACUGGUCAAGCUACCCUCAACUUUACAUCAAGGGCGAACUCGUUGGUGGGUCCGACAUUGUGUUAGAGAUGCAAAAGAGUGGGGAGCUGACUAAGGUUUUGGUCGAGAAGGGAAUUCUUGGAAAAGAAGAACGGUUGAAGGAGUUGGUGAGUUCCUCGCCGGUGAUGCUUUUCAUGAAAGGUUCCCCGGACGCGCCGAAGUGCGGUUUCAGCUCCAAGGUGGUGAACGCUCUGAACGAGGAGGGGAUCGAGUUCGGGUCGUUUGACAUAUUGAGCGAUGGGGAAGUGAGGGAGGGAUUGAAGACAUUCUCAAACUGGCCGACGUAUCCGCAGCUGUACUACAAGGGGGAGCUGAUUGGAGGCUGUGACAUAAUACUGGAGUUGAAGAACAGUGGUGAGCUCAAGUCUGCCUUGUCAGGUUAAUAAGAAUGAUACAUAGAGAUGCAUGUUUUGUUCGCCAUUUUUUUGUUAUGUUUUUGGUGCAAGCACUGUGUUUGAUCUGAACAAAAGUUUAUGACUUGUCGGUAUGCUGUUACUAAUAACUUGACUUUUUUAAA